AUUUCUAUUACAUCACAAUGUUGCGGGAUCCAGUGUCACGUUACCUGAGCGAGUGGAAACACGUCCAGAGAGGGGCCACGUGGAAAACCUCCCUCCACAUGUGUGAUGGGAGAAGCCCCACCCCCGAUGAACUGCCUACCUGCUACCCUGGGGACGACUGGUCUGGGGUCAGCUUGCGGGAGUUCAUGGACUGCAGCUACAACCUGGCCAACAACCGCCAAGUGCGCAUGCUGGCUGACCUCAGCCUGGUGGGCUGCUACAACUUGACUUUCAUGAACGAGAGCGAAAGAAACACCAUCCUGUUGCAGAGCGCGAAAAACAACCUGAAGAACAUGGCCUUCUUCGGGCUCACGGAAUUCCAGAGGAAGACACAGUUUCUCUUUGAGAGGACAUUCAACCUCAAGUUCAUCUCCCCGUUCACGCAGUUCAACAUCACGCGGGCUUCCAACGUGGAGAUCAACGAGGGCGCCCGCCAGCGCAUCGAGGAGCUAAACUUCCUGGACAUGCAGCUUUAUGAGUAUGCAAAAGAUCUCUUCCAGCAGCGCUACCGCCACACCAAGCAGCUAGAGCACCAGAGGCACCGGCAAAAGAGGCGAGAGGAGAGGAGGCUGCAGCGGGAGCACAGGGGCCACCGGUGGCCUAAAGAGGGUGGGAACACAGAGGGGGCUGUCACUGAGGACUACAACAGCCAGGUAGUGAGAUGGUGACCCCCUGCCCUCUCCUCCCUUGGGAUGGGGAGGAUAAGCAGGCGCACUGGCCUUCUGUGGUGUAAGCUUGGAGAACAUUGGACCAUUCUGAAGACAUCUGACUGUAUGUGGCUUGAUUUGGAACCUGCUUCCUCUUUGUCUUCAUCUUUAUCCAGUGGAGAUGAUCCAUCUUGUUCUUUUUUUCCUGACGUUUUUCAGUCUGUGAGAUUAAAUAGGAUAGGAAUGCAUCCAAUCUAGGCCACUUUAGAAGGUUAAGGAGAGAAGCUCCGGCAAGGAAACAGUCCUUGCAAUCUCCUUUGCAGCAGCAUAGGUCAUACGUUGAGCAACUGGGACACACAGAGGCACACAUGAAAGGCCAAAUUAUGGCUUGGAUGUUCUGCUCAAACAGAUCUGUUUCAUACUGUCUCUGUAAUGGAAAUAUUGGUCUAUUUAAAGAGAGAAAUAGAAGUCCCUUUUAGCACUUAGAUGAGGUAUUCCGCCAGCCCUCACUUGGCUGUUGACUCUCAUCUUUGAACUCUAAUGGAAUGUGGUUUCUAUCAUAAGUAGAGUAACGUGUUUUGUUGUUGCAAUUGUUUUUAAACAAGAUUAUCCUACUAUUGACUGUCACUAGAGACUCACAUCUCACAAAGCCCCUCAUCUUAGCCCUGAUCCAUGCUUCCUCCUCUGUCUUUUAGGGAAAUGGCUAGUGGAUUCAGAACAGGGGUGCCUGUGGCCCAUGAGAAAUGAACAAUUGAUAGGGCAUUUAGGAGAAAAUGUGCUUAUUAACUAAUGCUUAAGGAGAUCACACUUUACCAAUUUUUGUUUUCAAUGUAAGGAAUGAAUGAUAAAUUAAGGAGAGGAUAACUAUGUGUCUAACG